GGGUGGGGAUGGGAAUGUCCCGGGCGGAGGCGUCUUAGACAAGAAGGGCGCACCACCCUGCACGGCUGUGUGGCAGGGCCCGGGAGGCUCACUGUUCCGAGAUGGCCGGGGAGGCAGACAAGGAUGUGAAGUACUACACCCUGGAAGAGAUUCAGAAACACAAAGACAGCAAGAGCACCUGGGUGAUCCUGCAUCACAAGGUGUACGAUCUGACCAAGUUUCUGGAAGAGCACCCUGGUGGGGAAGAAGUCCUCAGAGAGCAAGCUGGGGGUGAUGCCACUGAGAACUUCGAGGAUGUUGGGCAUUCUACUGACGCGCGAGAACUGUCCAAAACAUACAUCAUCGGAGAGGUCCACCCAGAUGACAGAUCAAAGAUAGCCAAGCCUUCGGACACUCUCAUCACUACUGUCGAGUCUAACUCCAGUUGGUGGACCAACUGGGUGAUCCCAGCCAUCUCAGCCUUGGCUGUAGCCCUGAUGUAUCGACUCUACGUGGCAGAAGACUAGCGUCCCUCUCUGAAGCCAAGGAAGGAAAAGACUGCCCCAGAGCGGGGAGAAAAGAAGCCAGUGUUAAUCACUUCCACUGACAGAAAGCAAUUGUAAUAUAUGUUUCCCUUCCCUCCUGUGCUAAUAGAACAAAGACACUUUUCAAAUGUGCCUUUUUAUUCAACUUCCUUUUGAUGUUUCCUCACUACAUAAUUUACUUAUUGUAAGCAUGAUCUUUUUAAAAUAUAUCUGGCUUUUAAAGUA